GGGGGAGGUCUUCAAGUGUCUUGAUCGGCAACAAGAAGGGGUCUUCGGAAGUCUUGAGCAGUCUCAGUGAUGUACCUGAGCGUGGUUCCGUAGGCAUGGAAGAGUUGUUUCCAGAAUUGGGAGAGGAAGCGGGGGUCGCGAUCACUGAUGAUAUUCUCGGGGAGGCCGUGGUGUCGGGCGACAUGGUGGAAGAAGAGAAUGGCAAUGUCUUUGGCAUUGUGCGAGGUGGUACAAGGAAUGAAAUGAGCACGUUUGGUCAGGCGGCAAACAAUGACGUAGAUGCAAUCAUGCCCGCGGUCGGUCUUGGGAAGACCGCACACGAAGUCCAUGGAAACGGACUGCCAUCGGUAUUCUACGCUAGAGGCAACAAAUGUGCAUUUGCUGAGCUUGGCGUAGAAUUUCUGGUCGCGGAGGAUGGCGAGAACUUGGCGGAGAUGAUCAAGGUGGGACUCCAAGGUGGGGCUAAAAACAAGGAUGUCGUCAAGGUAGAUCACGACACAGACUUCGAGGAGGUCGCGGAAGAUGUGAUUCAUGGUGGAUUGGAAUGUGGCGGGGGCGUUGGUGAGACCGAAAGGCAUUACGAGAAACUCGUAGUGCCCGAAGCGGGAGCGGAAGGCGGUUUUGUGGGUGUCCUCCUCGCGGAUGCUGAUCUGGUGGAAGCCACUGCGGAGGUCGAUAUUGGUGAAGUAUUUGGCUCCACGGAGGGGAUCAAGAAGUUCGGAUAUCCGGGGAAGCGGAUACUUGUUCUUGAUCGUGAUCCGGUUCAAGGCGUGUUAGUCCGUGCACAUGCGGAGUUCGGAGGUGCCGUUCUCUUCUUGACGAAGAGACAGCUGGAGGGCGGAGAUCUGAGGGUCGGAGGAGGGGUCUUUGUCGGGUUUGUCCGUUGGAAGCAAGUCCUCGGGACGGUCGCGGUCAAUGACAAGGCAAUGGUAGGCGGAGUCGGGGUGCUCACGGAUCAUGUCAAGAAAUUGGUGAGGAGAGACGAGGGAAGGGGUGGAGGGAGGGAGAAGGUAGGGGAUGUCAAGGGGUGGAUCGAGAGGGAGAUGGUGGCCGAAAGGGCCCGGAACUUCACCGUCGAUGCUCCAAAGGAGACGGCGACGAACUUGAGCUGGAACUGGGCGGUCCCGGCACAAGCGGAGGAGAUCAUGGCGUUGAGGCGGCGCUGCUUGAGGCCUAAUCUAACAAGCCGAGUGUGUCGGUCUUGUUCCUCAACGAGAUCAGAGAAAGUGAUGGAGGGGUUGGGGAGGAGGGUAGUGGAACAUGUGGCCGUGGGGUGCUCAGCUGACGGAAUAGAGGACGUCGUCGGGAGGAGGGCAGGCGGAGUAGCCUGCGACGCCUGGGGGGUGUCCGGUGUGAAAGUCGUCGCCGGUAGACGAAUUGUUGAUGCCAGGACAUGGCUACAAGGGGCGGGGGGACAGUGUUCAAGUGGAGGAGGGCCCAGAGGCCGCGGUGGAGGAGGAGGAAGUGGAUGUGGGAGGGCUGGAUCCGGUGGGGCGGGAAGCCUGGUGGGUGGAGCGGCCGGCCUUGGGGCAAUUGGUUUGUUGAUGCCCCAGUUGGCGGCAACGGAAGGAACCGCCGUUGGCCUGGAGGAAGGCACGUUCGGCGGAGCAGAGGUGAGGAAGGCGAUCAUGGUGGAGAAGGCGGGUAAGGAGAUCGGUGAGAGGGAGCUCGGGCUUAUGGGCACGGGCUGCGGCGAGGUGGUGGAAGCAUACCCGCUUGAUGCGGGAGAUGAAGACGUAGUCAGGAAUGAGAGUCGACGGGAUGUGGAGGCGGAGGUUGCAAAAUUGAUCGAUGCAGUCAUCGAUGGUCUUUUGCGGACGGAAGGUGGCGAUGAGAAGGUCGGCCCAUUGAAGGAAGGUGAUGCGGGGAAGGCCGUUGGCUCGACGGUUUGGCUUCGGUUAACCACCAUUGAGCGGCGGUGCCUUGGAGGCGUAAGGUUGCGGUGGGGAGCCAAUGAGCGAGGGGCAUGUUGUGGAGAUCGAAGGCAUUUUGAAUUUGAGAGAGGAAAAGGAGGACGUCCUCGUGGGGGAGGCCGGAGAACGUCGCGAUAUCGGUGGCGCGGAAGGAGCGGGGAAUGUCCCCUAGGUUGUGAGGAGGGGAGGGAAACGGGAAGGGAAGUGACGGGGGUGGAAGAAGGUGUGGUGGAGGACGGUGGGGGAGUGGUGUUGGAGGAUGAGGCCUGGCCGGCUUGGCUGGCGGAGAGGCUUUGGCCAGAUUGGCCGGAGGAGGGGGGUUGGCUAUUUUGGCCGGAAGAAGAUGGUUGGCCGGUUUGGCCGGCAGGGGUAGAUUGGAUGGAUUGGCCGGUGGAGGAGGGGGGUGAUGACGUCGUGGCGACGGUCGUGGCGGGUGUGUGGUUUUCAAGGGAGGUGACGCGAUCGGAUUUGGAGGUCAUGGAGGCCUCGAUUCUGCGGAGCGAGGCAGAGAGUGCUUGAAACAUGGAGAGGAGAGAUGUGUUCUCCCCAGUGCCUGGCUGGUUGACAAGCUCGCGGUGGAUAUCCUCGACGGAAUCCAUACGGAGCGAGCCCAUGUUGAUGCUUGAGGUGCCUUCGACCAAGGAGGGACGAAGGUGGGGCAGAGGGAGAAGAUGGAGUGGAAGGGACAACGGAGGUGACAUCAGCGGCGGAGGUGGCAGCAGCGGCGGCGUCGGCGGCGCGUUGGGAGGUCUUGGAUUGGCAGGGUGGCAUGUGGGAGUGGUUUCUAAUCCCAAUUUAGAAAAAUGAUGGUUGAUUUAAAUCGGGGUUAGAGGAAGUUGUCAUGAGAGGGGAGGGGGGGGGGAUGAAAAUUUGGGGGCAAAGUUUUGGGGAAGAAAAUUAAAAUCAGAACGUAAAUUUCAAAUGGAAUAAAAUUUUACGAAGAAAAAUUGCAAAAAAUUAGGGGUAAAGGAAAAGGGAAAAAUCAAAUUUUCAAGAUAAUGAAAUUCGAAUUUAUUC